UAGUACACAUGGUAUAUAAAGGCUGUAUCUUCCUUAAGUUUUGAAAUGCGGUCCAAAUGAAGUUUCUAUAUCUGAUAUUUUUGGCCACGUCAGUGACUGGCCGAUUCACAGAUGAUUUUUACAAACAGUUGGCCAAGGACAAUGCCAACAAGAAUCUUAUUUCUUCGCCUCUUUCUGUCGGUAUUGCCUUGAGUAUGGUCUACAUAGGAGCUGGGGGAAAGACAGCCCAAGAAAUGAGGAGCGUCUUGAAAUUGCCCGCGGAUAAAAGGGAAGUUGCUCGUAAAUACAAGGCAUUUGCGACAAGUCUCGAAGGUCGCGAGAAGGUAGCCAUCCUCGAUAUAGCCAACCGUAUAUACGUUAACGGGCUCUAUACUAUAGUUCCGGAGUUCAAUCAAGUGGUCAAAGCCUCCUUUAAGGUCGGGGCGGAGGCUAUCAACGUAAAUGAUCCUAAUAAAGCCGCUUUGAUCAUCAAUAAGUGGGUGAACGAUCAGACGCGCAGCAGGAUCAAAACCAUUGUUACGGGUCAAGAUAUAACUUCAGAUCUGGUUAUGAUUCUCUUAAAUGCAAUUUACUUCAAAGGCCAGUGGCAGUACGAAUUCGACCCUAAAAGGACCAAACAGGCCGAUUUUCGAACUGCCGACAAAAAAACCGUUCCUGUCCAGAUGAUGUUUAAAUUUGACUCAUUUAGAGCUGGAUAUAUUCAGGAAUUGGAUGCCAAAGUGAUCGAGCUUCCUUACCGGAACUCAAGCCUCUCCAUGCUCAUCUUUUUGCCGGAAAAAGUCGAUGGUUUGCCAGAAUUGGAGAGAAAGAUCGCAGGCUUCUCCCAAUGGCUUCCAGAGGUGAAUGUGAAUUUAAAGCUGCCGAAGUUUAAAAUCGAACUCACUUCAGAGCUAGAGGAUAUUCUAAAGACGAUGGGCAUAAGAGAUGCAUUUGAACCCUCAGCGGAUUUUAAGGGUCUAGUAAGAGCGAGAGGAGUCAGGAUCAGCAAAGUCAGGCACAAGGCCUUCAUUGAGGUUAACGAGGAGGGCGCCGAGGCAGCAGCUGUUACAGCUGUAAUAAUGACUGCGCAUUGCGCAGGAUGCGGGCCUCCGCCUCCAAUGGAGUUUAACGCCGAUCAUCCGUUUGCCUACGUCAUUCGCGAUAAAGACACCAUUUAUUUUCAGGGGCACUUCGUAGGACCAGAAGAAUAAAGUAAAUGGAAGGAGACGCAAAGAGUGCUUACUCCGUUAAUCAAAUUAUAAAUAUAAAGACUUUCCUUUCCCUUAAAAAA